AUCCCUUGUUGCUGUGUGUGUGUGUGUGUGUGUGUGUGUGUGUGUGUGUGUGUGUGUGUGUGUGUGUGUGUGUGUGUGUGUGUGUGUGUGUGUGUGUGUGUGUGUGUGUGUGUGCGUGCGUGCGUGCGUGCGUGCGUGUGUGUGUGUGUGUGGUUAGACCUGCCUGCCUUGGAGUUCACUUCAGACUUCUAUCGCGGACUUGGAACGACACCUCCACACAAAACGAUUCGCCGCAUCAGUCCGCAUCAGGCAGCGUUCAGAGCAACAGUUCACCUGCGUCCGAAGUUCCCGAACACUUUCCAGUCUCAGCACUCCUCGCACAGAACACGACCAUAACCUACCCAAGACAAGUCCCACUCUCGUUCUCUCUCUCGCUCUCUCUCUUUCUCUCUCUCAAUACUUGAGCGAUGGAUUCAUUUUUAACAAUCACGGCUGCCCUUCUACUAGUUGGUUCUUCAUCUUCGACUGCUUCGAGACAAUUCGACACUGAAUGUUACACAGCCAAUGGAGAGGACUACAGAGGCUGCCAGAACCAGACAAGCCUCCUGGGUGGUAAGCCCUGCCUCUUCUGGAACGAAACCUUCCAGCACCCCUACAACACCCUCAAGUACCCCAACGGAGAGGGUGGUCUUGGCAGCCACAACUACUGCAGGAACCCUGAUGGUGAUGUCCAGCCGUGGUGUUACAUCGCUGACCAUGAAGACGGAAUCUACUGGAGAUACUGCGACAUACCCACCUGUCAGAUGCCUGGUAACCUGGGCUGUUUUAAGGACAGUGGUGACCCUCCCACCCUGACAGGGAGCAGUCAGACCUCUAACAAACUCACCGUCCAGAACUGCAUCAGCUUCUGCCGUAAACAGAGAUACAUGCUUGCCGGGAUGGAGUCGGGUUAUGCCUGUUUCUGUGGCAACGACCUGGACCUGCAUCGCCAUGGCCAGGCGCCCAGCAUGGAAUGCAACCACGUGUGUUUCGGUGACCACACCCAGCCUUGUGGGGGAGAUGGAUGGGUCAUCGUCUUCGACACUCGAGUGGGGGCAUGCGGGGGUAACUACUCUGCGCCCUCUGGGGUGGUCUACUCCCCUGACUUCCCUGAUAAGUACGGGGCCGGAAGGGUUUGCUACUGGACUGUCCAGGUCCCUGGAGCCUCCGUGAUCCUGUUUAACUUCACCUUCUUUGACAUCUCGGACCAGACAGACAUGGUUGAACUGCUGGACGGCUACACCAACCAGGUGGUGGCGAGGUUUGACGGUCGUACCCCUCCCCGGGAGCUGGUCAACGUCACUGGAGACUAUGUUAUCCUCUACUUCUACUCAGACCGAACCAACCAGGCACAGGGCUUCGCUGUCACGUAUCAAGCUCUGAGAGGGUCCAGGCCUAUGGAUGAAGAAGAGGAGGAGGAGGAAGAGGACACCAGUACGGUGGAGCCUCAGCUGGGAGGAGUAACGGAGAAAACUAAUGGUCGCUCCUCACAAAUCCUCUACGUAAUAACAUCCAGUCCUGGUAAACCGGACCACAACAUGCCAGGUCAGUGGGUCGGACCCAACGGUACCAACGGAUACACCUCUAAGUGGACCAUCUACACUUUGGCUGCUCUCCUGACUCUGACAGUCAUUGUCAUGGUGACCAAACUACUGCUUCAUGCCACAGUCAAAUCUCCCAACAUCCCGACCAUCAGUGGUUCAGAGAGCUGCAGCGGUCAGAGUUCUGGGUCUGAGCCCUGGAUCAUCCUUUACCAGCCCUCCACCAUCUCUCUUUUCAAGAAAAAGCUAAAGAACCACCACGGAGACCUCAGCCCUCUGGUGGGCAACUAGGGAAAUGCAGUCUGGUAUACUACUGCCAUCACUACUGAACCCUGUACCAGGGCCUACCGUACCAGAGCGAGCAACAGAGCUGGCCGCCCCAAAUCAAUGAGACUCCAUGGGGCACUGAGCUACAAAGCUAACAUGCUAACUAAUGACUGAUUCACUGACUCACUGAGAGACUACUACCAAAAUGGCCCAGACAUGGCUGUCUGUGUCUGCUGUGUACAAGGCAGGAGAGGAGAGUAGAUGUACAAACAGCUCAAGGUGGACAUUUUACUGCAGGGCACUCAUAUUCUUGGGGUUCUACUUCCAUUGUCUCUCCAUGGAUGUCUGAUAGAUUAUUGAAGUCCUCCUCUAAAGACAGGGGUUGGCUGGGGCCAAAUCAGAUUCCAGUUUCCACAGGACUCCUCCAGAAUGCAGGUCUUCCAUUGUAACUGUUUCCAAGUGGGGCACAAAAUGACAGACUACGCAUCUCUCCUCAUUUAAUAAUCUGCGAACAACAAAGGGAGCCAUGCAUAUUCCCUGUCAGUGACUGUGACUGGUGUCUCACACAGAAAAGGGGGGUUGAAUCCUGAUCGUUAUCAAGGGACGAGGACAUCAACCCCGUCAUAUUACGGUACAUGUAACUCUGACUCAGUUAUGUAAGUACAAUUAAUACCACUAUGGACAAUCGGCAGUUAUUGAACCACCACAGCCAGCUAAGCCUGAAAGGGACCCCCUUUCCUCCUGGACAGCAGCGAGUUACCUGUAAUGAUGGUGCAUUAUGUAGGCCAGUGUUAGGUAUAGAGAGAGAGACGAGAGGUGAUUUACCUGCUCUGUCUGGAGCGAGGAGAAUAGAUAGCAUGAGUAAGUCCUGAAGAAAGAACGCAUCUAAAAAAAGACAUGAAUACAGAGAGAGAAAAACAACACUCUCUCUCUAUGCCACACUGCCUCUUCCUCACUCUCUCUCUAUGCCAUACUGCCACUUCCUCACUCUCUCUCUAUGCCAUACUGCCUCUUCCUCACUCUCUCUCUAUGCCACACUGCCUCUUCCUCACUCUCUCUCUAUGCCACACUGCCUCUUCCUCACUCUCUCUCUAUGCCACACUGCCUCUGGAGGGAACCAUGUCAGAAGUCUCUCCAAUGACGGGGUGGAUGGAGGGGGAGAGGGAAGUAAGGAAGGAAACAGAAGGAGAAGAAAGGUAGAAGAGGGUUGGGUGUAAUUUAACAACUGCCGUUUUAAAGUCCCGAACAGUCAUAUGGAUUAAAAUAGCCUUUUGAGUGAUCAAAUAUUAAUAUCAUCCAUCAUAUUUGUGGGGGAUCGAAACGCUUGCGGAUGGCUAACUACGAGGAAGUUUGAAACGCCUAACGCCUAAACGCAACUUGACUACAGUGAGCAGUGUUGCAGUAAAAUCAUCUCAAGAUAAUUUGGUGAAACACAAAACAACAUUGAUGUUGCAUCAAUUAUGUAGAUUUUUUGCACAUCUCCCGUUUGACAUAUCUCUUGUGAUGCGAUCCACAGCAGAACUGACGGAUGUGUUGACAUGACAACUAUAUCAGAGUUUUGAGCGUUCCAUGCUGGCUGAAAACCUACCUAGCCAGUAACUAGCUAACACCAGACACAGAUGACACAGAUGACAUAGUUAUAGUUAUCAUGAGAUAGUUAUCUUUUCCAUAGAUGAAUAGAGUAGACUUUUAAUUAUAUUGGCUGACACCCGACAGUCAAAGUUUGGCACCAGUAGAGUAGCUAUCUAGCUAUAUAAACAACGCCCCUCCAAACACACUUUCUCCAAUGUUGGUUACAAGGUGGUACUUAUUUAAAUUAGGUAAGGGAACGCCAUGUUACCAUUGGUGUAUUAAAAUGACUGAGUUAGGGUGAUGUCACCCUUUCCCCUAAAUAACCUCACCUCCUUAAUCCAAGUGUUU